GUUGGUGUUCAUCCUAUGACCCAAAUGUUGAUGCAAGCAGUCAAAACAUGGCUAGAAAUUUGUUUUACCGUGCUGCUAAUAUUGUCCAACUCAGCAGGUUUACAUUUCUAGUUGGGUCAAAGUCACUUUGUACGCAAAUUCCAGCGGAGCCAUUGACUGUCAGACAGCAAAACAAUGGAAUAAGGAGCAUAACCUUGAACAACCCGAAGAAGAGGAAUGCCCUGUCUCUGUCCAUGCUGGAAUCACUAAGAGGCAACAUCCUGGCUGACAUCGACGACCUCAGAGUCAUUGUCAUAUCAGCUAAGGGUCCAGUGUUCUCCUCUGGGCAUGACCUGAAGGAGCUGACAUCAGCACAGGGCAGAGAUUACCACUUCAAGGUGUUUCAGGCCUGCUCAGAGGUUAUGACCCUGAUACAAGACAUUCCUGUGCCUGUGAUUGCCAUGGUGAAUGGGGUUGCCACAGCAGCAGGAUGCCAGCUUGUUGCCAGUUGUGACAUUGCCGUGGUGACGGAGAAGUCCACCUUCGCCACGCCAGGGGUCAACGUGGGUCUGUUCUGCUCAACACCAGCCGUGGCAAUAGGAAGAGCUGUCCCCAAGAAGGUUGCCAUGGAGAUGCUGUUCACAGGAAGCCCGAUCUCAGCUCAGGAUGCUUUGAUGCACGGGCUGGUCAGUAAGGUGGUUCCUGAGGAGCGUCUAGAGGAGGAGACGUUAGCCAUCGCACGGCGGGUCUGUCAGGCCAGCCGGCCCGUUGUAGCCCUUGGCAAGGCCACCUUCCACAGACAGAUGGCCCAGGGUCGGGAUGCGGCCUACGCUAUAGCCUCUCGUGUCAUGGUGGAUAACCUGGCUCUCAGAGACGGACAGGAGGGGAUACGGGCUUUCAUAGAGAAACGGAAGCCUGUAUGGACAAACAAAGCAGAGAAGGCCCAAGAUGAGUGAUAUCUGCUGGGCUGGCCUACCAUGGCCUGUGAAGGGUCAGCAGCCUCUGGGCUGGAGAGGGAGCCUGUGGAUGGUUGAGGUGUUAAACUUGCCCCCAGUUGGACCUGAACCCAUCACAGAACACAGAAGUGCUCGAGGAGGACAUUUGGAAAUUAAAUCCCCGUUGAUUAUUGUUGUGAUCUGCUGAAGGGAUACUGCAGGGCUGUCUUCAUGUAUGCCCUUAGGAGGGGGUGAGGUGAAGGUUUUAGGAAAGGUAGAUAUAGUGGGGCAAGAAAGUAUUUAGUCAGCCACCAAUUGUGCAAGUUCUCCCACUUAAAAAGAUGAGAGAGGCCUGUAAUUUUCAUCAUAGGUACACUUCAACUAUGACAGACAAAAUUAGGAAAAGAAAUCCAGAAAAUCACAUUGUAGGAUUUUUAAUGAAUUUAUUUGCAAAUUAAGGUGGAAAAUAAGUAUUUGGUCAAUAACAAAAGUUUAAUUGUUGGCAAUGACAGAGGUCAAACGUUUUCUGUACGUCUUCACAAAGUUUUCACACACUGUUGCUGGUAUUUUGGCCCAUUCCUCCAUGCAGAUCUCCUCUAGAGCAGUGAUGUUUUGGGGCUGUUGCUGGGCAACACGGACUUUCAACUCCCUCAAAACAUUUUCUAUGGGGUUGAGAUCUGGAGACUGGCUAGGCCACUCCAGGACCUUGAAAUGCUUCUUACGAAGCCACUCCUUCGUUGCCCGGGCGGUGUGUUUGGGAUCAUUGUCAUGCUGAAAGACCCAGCCACGUUUCAUCUUCAAUGCCCUUGCUGAUGGAAGGAGGUUUUCACUCAAAAUCUCACGAUACAUGGCCCCAUUCAUUCUUUCAUUUACACGGAUCAGUCGUCCUGAUCCCUUUGCAGAAAAACAGCCCCAAAGCAUGAUGUUUCCACUACUGCUUCACAGUAGGUAUGGUGUUCUUUGGAUGCAACUCAGCAUUCUUUGUCCUCCAAACACGACGAGUUGAGUUUUUACCAAAAAGUUAUAUUCUGGUUUCAUCUGACCAUAUGACAUUCUCCCAAUCUUCUUCUGGAUCAUCCAAAUGCUCUCUUGCAAACUUCAGACGGGCCUGGACAUGUACUGGCUUAAGCAGAGGGACACGUCUGGCACUGCAGGAUUUAAGUCCCUGGCGGGUUAGUGUGUUACUGAUGAUAGGCUUUGUUACUUUGGUCCCAGCUCUCUGCAGGUCAUUCACUAGGUCCCCCGUGUGGUUCUGGGAUUUUUGCUCACCGUUCUUGUGAACAUUUUGACCCCACGGGGUGAGAUCUUGCGUGGAGCCCCAGAUCGAGGGAGAUUAUCAGUGGUCUUGUAUGUCUUCCAUUUCCUAAUAAUUGCUCCCACAGUUGAUUUCUUCAAACCAAGCUGCUUACCUAUUGCAGAUUCAGUCAUCCCAGCCUGGUGCAGGUCUACAAUUUUGUUUCUGGUGUCCUUUGACAGCUCUUUGGUCUUGGCCAUAGUGGAGUUUGGAGUGUGACUGUUUGAGGUUGUGGACGGGUGUCUUUUAUACUGAUAACAAGUUCAAACAGGUGCCAUACAGGUAACGAGUGGAGGACAGAGGAGCCUCUUAAAGAAGAGGUACAGGUCUGUGAGAGCCAGAAAUCUUGCUUGUUUGUAGGUGACCAAAUACUUAAUUUCCACCAUAAUUUGCAAAUAAAUUCAUUAGAAAUCCUACAAUGUGAUUUUCUGGAUUUUUUUCUCUCAUUUUGUCUGUCAUAGUUGAAGUGUACCUAUGAUGAAAAUGACAGGCCUCAUCUUUUUAAGUGGGAGAACUUGCACAAUUGGUGGCUGACUAAAUACUUUUUUGCCCCACUGUACUUGAGAUGCACCAAUGGUCAAGGGACUCACAGAGGACAUGGAUUGGGCACUUCUUGUGACAGAAUGUAAAUGUUUAAAGGGGCAUUCUGCAGUUGAAACAAUUACAAAGCUGCUACUGAUUUGGUAAAAAGCUGAUGGGAUGGGACUGGAGAAAUGUAACUACUCUAAAAUUCAUAGACAGAGCUAUGGAUGCAAGGACUGACCAUCCAUGAGAUACAAAUUAUAUGUUUUGAGGCUAUACAUUGUUUACAAAUGUGUAAAACAAGCUUAUAUUUGUGUUUCUGAUGGUAAUAAGUCAUGAACUUAAGCUCAUGAGGAAUGUAUUAAGUUUUAUUCUUCAAAAAUCAAUGGGUAUAUAAAGUGCAUUCGGAAAGUG